AAAACAAAAGUAGAAAACCUUCACCGGUUUCUCUCGGCCCUUUCCCUCAAACAAACAAAUUACCUCAACCCCAAGGGUUUCUGUCGUCUCUCAUGCGCACCGUCUCUUUAAAUUCAAUUAAACUUCUGAAUAAUCUGAUAAGUAGUUCUUCAAUAACUGAUUAAAUUUCGGAGGUAAAUCCAAGAAAACCAAAAAAAAAAAAAAAAAAAAAAUGGAAAGCGGAAGUGAGGAGGUGAGCGUCCAAGAACUCGCUUCGAAUCUCUCCACGUAUAAGGAACAGCUUCAACAGGUCCGCAAGCUCCUGGAUGAUGAGCCUGGAAAUUCUGAAUAUUUGGACAUGGAGAAGGAGCUUGUAGAGGUAAUUUCUUUGACAGAAGAGCUCUUGGCAACUGCAAGACAAAACGAAAAUUCAGGAUUGGGUGUUGGGGCUAGUGGUGAUGCAUCUCUCAGUUUGCGGCAUGCUGCGGAUUUUUCUAAUGUGGAAUCGGGAUCCAUGUUGGAUUACUCAAAGUUUCCUGUUGGCACCAAAGUUCAAGCUGUCUUUAGUGAAGAUGGUGAAUGGUAUGAAGCAACAAUUGAGGCGCAUACUCCAAAUGGGUAUUAUGUUUAUUAUGAUGGUUGGGGUAACAAGGAAGAGGUUGAUCCAGACAAUGUUCGACCAAUUCAUGAUGCAACUGUUAAUCCCUUGCUUGAAGCAGAAAAGUUAGCUCAGGCUACGAAAGAAGCUCUCAAAAGGAAAAUUGCACAGGCUGCUUCCACUGACUUUCAGUCUCGAAGUUUACCAGCAAAACUUCGGAUUGAGCCUGAUGAUCCCGAAGAUGUGAGAGCUGCUAAACGGAAAAAGAUACAUGCUUUUAAGUCUAAGAUGCGAAUGGAGCAGCUUGAGAUGACACAGAAUAAGAGGCAAAAUGCUUGGCAGCAAUUUCAGACAACUAAGGGCCGGGCUAAGAAGGUUGGUUUCUUCUCUGGCCGAAAGCGGGAGAGCAUAUUCAAAUCCCCAGAUGACCCAAAUGGGAAAGUUGGUGUAACAGGAAGCGGGAAAGGUUUGACAGAGUUUCAAAAGAGGGAAAAACACCUGCAUCUUAAAGGAGCAAAUAUGGAGGCUGCCGAUGAUUAGAGGCAUUGGAAAUGCAAAAUUUUUUUUUUUUGUUUCAUCUUCCGAUUGUUAGUAUCUGUUGCUGCUGGGCAGUUUGAAAUAGAAUUUAGGACUGAUGUAAAAUAUGUUGCUGUAAUCACCAAAUUUUACCUGGGGCCUUUGCUUUUUGGACUGAAACAGAAGCUGUUAUUGUGCAAGACAAGUAAUAGUUAACGUGUCUUGCACCUCAACGUUCUUCAGUUCUCAGUCUUCA